CGAUACGCCACAGAGCUCCAAUGUUGUACCAUUCGAAGAGAGUUACUGUAAAGACGAAGAAGGAGAAAGAUGUAAACAUGAGAAUGGAUCAGAAGUGAAAACAAAAUGUGAUAAAUGUAUUUACGAAACUGAAAGUGAGAUCCUUUGUACGGUACCCUCUGCGAGACACGAGAACGAUUGGGAAGCGUAUAAAUGUGAAUCGUGUGAGUACGCAACUGAAAAUGAGAAAUUACUUCAGAGGCACCUGUUGACACAUAAAGAUCCUUUGCAAAUUCAAAUGUGUAACGACUGCAAUUACCAAACCAAAUUAAGGGCUAAUAUCAAACAGCAUCUACUGAAACAUAAAGAGCCUUCACAGGUUCGAAUGUACAGGUGUAACGACUGUAAUUAUGAAAGUAAAUACAAGAAUAGUAUUAAAAUGCAUCAAGUGAAACAUAAAGACCCUUCACAGGUUCAAAUGUACAGGUGUAACGACUGCAACUACGAAACUGAAUUAAAGGGUAAUAUCAAAAAGCAUCAACUGAAACAUAAAGAGCCCUCGCAGGUUCAGAUGUACAAGUGUAGCGAGUGUGAUUACGAAAGUAAAUACAAGACUGCUAUCAAAAGCCACCUUCUGAAACAUAAAGAUCCUUCACUGGUUCAAAUGUACAAGUGUAACUACUGCAACUACGAAACUAAAUACAAGAGUCAUAUCAAAAGGCACGAACUGAAACAUAAAGAGCCUUUGCAGGUUCAAAUCUACAGGUGUAGUGACUGUGAUUACGAAACUAAAAUAGGGAGUAAUUUCAAACAGCAUCAACUGCAACAUAAAAACCCCUGGCAGGUUCAAAUGUAUAGGUGUAAUGAGUGCAAUUACGAAACUGAAUUAAAGG